AAUUUUUCCAUGGAAUUAUGAUAAAAUAAAACAGAGCCAACAUCAUUCUCCAUUUUGCUCACAUAGAAACAGAAACAGAAACACUAACAAUAAAUUAUUUUUACUUUCACAAUUUAAAUUAGAAAGUGACAAUGUCAACAAUAUUGCCCCUCCCCCCUCGGCAAGGGCUACCCUUCAUGAAACCCUCCAUUCACACCCUUGAAGUGUUUAAUCACACCUCAACUGUAAUAAUAAAAUUCUCUAGUAACAGAUUUCACCCCUAUUUGUACAUUUCUCUAUCCCCACAAUAACUUUAAGAAGGCACCCCUCCCCUCCCCUCCCCCCUAAAGGAUAUGGUCUAAAUAUAGACUCGGCUCUUUCUUUCAUGCCAAGAGUUAUCCUCGAAAACAGGAAUCGUGGGUAGUUUUCAAAAAAAAAAUUCUAAAUUUUGAAACUUUGAGGAAUUUAAGAGGAAGAUUCGAAGACCUAAUAUGAUUUAUGAAGACUUGAUAUUGGUCUAAAUUAAUAUGAAUAAACCUCAAAGUGCAGGAAAGAGCCAAUUGUCAAUUUUUUUCAGGUGUUUGUGAAUGCCUGAUUGCCUGGCAAUCUCAUUGAGAAAACUAAGGAAUUGUUUAUAGGAAAAGUAAGGAAUAUUUCUGGGAUACUUUUAAAUUUUAAUUCAUGUGUACAACGUGGAACAAAACAACUUUGCAAGUUUAUUCAAUUUUGGGCCAAAAUAUUUCACAAAAUUUCGGUUAAAUCACCGCAGCAUUCGUACAGGAAGCUAGCAUAGUGUUAGAAGCGUGUAUUUGAAAGUUAUACGGGUUUGAAACGCGUUGCAAAGGUCGUAAAAUCAUGGAUAUUGGCGAACGACCUCCAGUCGAAGGAGUCGAAGACGAAGCCAGUGCUGGACAGGCGAAGGUUGCCAAAGCCUCGGGCAAUAGCUGGAGUCCGAAUGAAGAGUUUAUCAAAGCUUUAGUAGAAAUGGGAGUGUCACAAAACGCUGCAGAGAAGGUAUAAAUGUAGUAUUUUUAUAUUUCAUUUUGUACAGUAAGAUAUAUAUAUAUAUAUAUAUAUAUAUAUAUAUAUACAUUGUAGUUGGUAAAAGCAAUUUGAUUGGCUAACCUACAGAAAAUUCAGUUAUUUGCUAGCAGAUAACUGAGUUAUCUGAAAAUGAGCCUGCGAUGAUUAGCAAGCUGUAUCUAUUUAACACAAACAAAUGUAUAAUAAAACAAUUAUUGAAUUCGGCUUUUGCGAUAUGCAAAAUUAUCAAUCUCGACCUUGAUAAUUCCACAUAUCACAAAAACCUUAUCCAAUAAUUGUUAAUAAUCAUAGCAUUACAUCUACUGUAUACCCACUUUUUUACAUUAAUUUAAUGUGUCAAUUAGUUCCAGCAGUGCCCGUGCCCUGUGCCCAUUCCCACCUACCCUGCACCCCACCCCCAUGUACCUCGCAUACCCGCACCCCCACGUACCCUGAAAAGUCUCCCAGUAAAACAAGCCUGUACUACAAGAUUAUAGCGUACAUAUGUAAUGGCGUUAGAAGAUGGAACAUAAGGCAAAUUUUCAAAAAAAAACAAAAUUGGCCACAAAAUUUACUUAAUUUUAGACAAAAUUUACAGAAUUUGUCCCAUUUAUUUUUAUUGCAAACCAAAAUUGCCCGACUGUUGAUUGAAUAUUGCCCGACUGCCCAACAAACUGGGGGGGCUCCCCCCUCCCCCCCCCCCGCCCGGUACGCCUAUGGUGCUAUUGUAGUACAUCGUAAUUAGGUCCAUGGAGCUAUGAUUUUACUGUUUUUAAUAAUAAUGUAUUUCUUACAAUAAUAUAAAGUGUGUAUAAAUAUUAUACAUGAUUGAUUUUAUCUUAAUUUUUCUAAGGGUCUUUAUUACACUGGCAAUGUUUCAGCAGAGAUAGCUGCAGAAUGGGUGUUUGAGAAUAUUGAUCAUCCCGAAUUGAAUGAUCCUUUCCAGGUUUGUUGCAUUUCCUUGUUCAAUCCUAACCCAAUAAGUUCCAUAUUGUGCUCUAAUGUGCCCUAAAACCAGGUAAUUUUACUCUGUCUAAUGCCAGACCAUUUUACUCUAGCUAUGCUCUUCCCUUAAGUGAGCUGGUGCUCUCCCCUUGACAAGUAAAAUUGUCUGGCAUUAGACAGAGUAAAAUAAUAAAGUAGGGUGCAUCGUGGUUCAUUGCCACUUACUUAAAGGGUUGUAACUGGACUACCAUUUCAAUCACUCGUUUCUAUAUAGGUUGACCAUAGUCUGAGUGGUUUUACUACAGUCAGAUCAAAUACUCAAUCUUCCCAUAAAAUGGUGUUUGUUGUUAAUGACAGCCUUAAAAUGGGAGUCGGCAAGGUUGGUGCUCAAGUCGGUCAUGCUGCCAUUGGGCUGUAUCGGGAACUAGAGGAGUUAAAGAGAAAAAUCGCUCCAAUGUUGGAACAAUGGAGUGAAGAUGGGUAAGAAUGGGUCGUUCCAGAAAAGAUCCAUACUCCCCUCCCCCACGGAGGAAAUUUCUGCCGUCCGGAGGGGGAGGGGAAAAAAAUUGUUUCUGAUAGUAGUAAAUGUAUUAGGACAUCUGAAAGUGGUAGGGGGGUUAACUUUCAUUUCUGGAAUUCAUGACCCAAUGAUGAGAUUCAUGACUUAUGCCCAUUGAGACAAAGGGGGCAAUCUGUCCCAGGUCCAAGUGAAAUGAGGCUUCAAAUAAAUACCAAGGUGACAGGUGCACAUAUAUUAAUUUAAUUACCGUUGCUUGCAACUCAGGAUGGACGGUUGCUCAUAAAAACAUUGCCUAUUUGCAUGACAAAGUUUAAUGUUUUUACUGAGAAAGUUCAAUGUUUGUCAAGAGCACUUGACAGGUUUUAAUCUGAUCAGCCAAUGACGUUCACCAGCUCCAAGCUGAUUGGCUGAGUGAAUUGAAACAAUCGGAUGUCAUCACAAACAUUGAACUUUUUCAGUAAAAACAUUGAACUUUGUCAUGAGAAUAGACAAUGUUUUAUCUGCGACCGUUCAUCCUUAGUUGCAAGUGAUGGAAUUCUCAAUUCUUGAGGGCAUAUAAUCAUUUGUUAUUUCUGAAACCUCUGAAUUUAAUAUUUAUAUGCACGGAGAACACUGCCGCAAGUACAGAUGCAGAUAAAUAGAAAUCACUAGGACUGCCUGUGCCUUUUGCACAGUGUUUUGUUUUGGGUGACUCUGCCUUUUCCUAGAUGUGAUAUUCUUAGGGUGACACUUAUUUUUUUGUUAGAUUAUGGAUUUUGUUUCACCAAUAUUCAAAGAAAAUAAAUAUAAAAAAGAAAAGACUUGUCUAAUACCCCAUGAAAGUUAAGACUGGGAUUUUGAAGAAUAUAGAAAGUAUAUAGAAAGUAUUAAAUAAUAACUCUUUUUCUCUAAGGGAAACGAAAAUUGUUGUUAAAGGAGAGAGUGCACAAGCUCUCAUGGAUAUUGAAAGUCUGGCUCUCGCAAAAGGAAUACCAACAUUCUUAGUGACUGAUGCAGGAAUGACACAGGUUUGUGCAAAAUUAUUUUAUUAUUAAUGGUGACCAUCAAGUUGCUCUUAAAAAUUCCCCCUUUGUGUUCCACCAAAAUUUUCAAUUAUUUGAAUUCUUUCAGCCUCCUUUGUGAAUGGGUACGGGUUUUUGUUUUUAAAACAUGUUUUUUCCUAUUUCAAGGUGACUCCCGGAUCUGUUACAAUUCUUGGUUUAUUUGGAGAGAGGUCAACUUUAGAUUCAAUCACAGGACAUCUGAAACUGCUUUAGCAGUUGUGUUUGCAAAAGGAAAGUAGACGUCUAGCACAUUAUAUAAUCCUGCUGGCACAGCCAAGCUAGGUAAUGAAAUCAAUGAACUGGUCCAACAGUUGCACGAGAGCUAAUCAUGUCACACACAGGCUGAAAUAACAAUGCUCUUCCUACCAAUAUUUAAUUGGUGACACAUUUUGUUUGGAUGAUUAACUGAGAGCAAUCAAUUUUCUUCAUGGAUUGGGUUAUAUCCAACACAAGCUGAUGUCUGAUUGAAUUUGAAAAUUCCCGAUUAAAUUUCUUUCUCCUAAUACAUCAAUCUUUCCUUUUACAUCUCCUAAUAAUGAGGCUUGUUGGAUUUGGAAACAACUUGUUAUUCUAUAAGAUGUGCUACUAAAAGAGCAUGAUAUGUACUGUAUAAUGCUUCUAUUAUUUUUAAAGGGAAAUGGCAAUAUAUUUUUUAUUUUCUCAUUACGAUGUAUGUAUGUUACGUCACAACAGGGGUCAGGCAAUAUUUUAUCUAGACAACAACUAAUCAUUUUGAACUCAAAACUAUACUCUGCACGCCCUUCAAAAUAUCAAGAUCACUCAAAACCAUUAAAACAUCUACCAAUCAAUAUUUGGUCAGCAACAAAUACUUUUAUAUGAUUAAUCCCUGUUGUGACGUCACCAAAACUACCGUUAAUGAGAUAAAAAAUUUAUCCAAGAUGGUGGACAUCUCAUUUUAUACUUCAAGUGAAAAUAUUUCAAGAACUAAGCAAGAUAUGAAAAUCAGUAAAAGAAGUUAUUAAAUAGUUUCAAAAGUUCUUUCAAAUGAGAAAAUAAAAAUUUAUUUUGCCAUUUCCUUUUAAUACAAAAAAGAACAUCAAUCCAUACUCUAAAACAAGAUAGUAUUAUGUUGAAGGAUAACUUAUACAUUCAGCCCUCAAAAGUUGAAAAGAACAUAUACUAAAAAGGCUUAGUUUAGACUUUAGAUCAUAUUUUCCAUUUUGGCCUCUUUACUAGUUUUAGGAAAAGUAGUUAAGAGUAAAGACAAAUACAU